AUGAGGUCCUCCUCGUUGUACAUAUGCCUCAAUUGCAGGAUAUCACUUAGAUCUCCCACUCGGAACGCCGCCUUCUCUCGCCGUGGUAUCAGUACAGCGUCGUCCCGACCGCCAACCGCUCCGAAACCUGUCCCCAAUGUCCGCCACAUUCGCGAAAACGCAGAGAUAUACUCGAAGAACUGCUUCGAUCGCAAUUACAAACCGGUCGCGGAUUACCCACCGAGAAUACAGUCUCUAGCCAAAGAAGCGUCGGAUUUGCAGCAUGCCUUGAAGCAUCCUCGGGCUCGAAUAAAGCAGGUUGAGAAAGAGAUAGCGAAGCUUGCUACCAUUGCUGCGCGUCAAUCGCAAGAGCAGAAACAGGAUGGAGCCCUGGAUGCCCUUCGACAAGAAGCAAAGGAACUCAAGGAUGCAUCACAACAGAUGAUGGAUCGGAGGGAAGAAUGUAUGGAAGAAAUACAGCAGUUGGCGUUGUCGUUGCCAAAUCUUACAUCGAAGGACACCCCGAUUGGAGACAUUCCUCGCAUCGUCACAUACAUCAAUUUCGAUCCUGAAUCCCCUCCCUCAUACACCUCUCCAGCUACAUCGACUGCUGCUACUCCACGAUCCCACGUCUCAAUUGGCACUGAGCUGGGACUAUUGGAUUUUACUAGCUCAGCGACGUCAACAGGCUGGGGAUGGUACUUCCUCACCAACGAAGGCUGCCUCCUCGAGCAUGCUCUUGUACAAUACGCCCUCACUGCAGCUCGUAAGAAGGGCUGGAAGCCUGUCUCACCACCCAGUGUUGUCUACUCUCAUAUUGCCGAAGCUUGCGGUUUCCAACCCCGAGAUGCGAAUAACGAGCAGCAAAUUUGGUCUAUCCAGCAGACAGAGAGGGAUAGAGCUGCACAUAAACCACAGCGCAGUUUAACAGGAACUGCCGAGAUACCACUUGCUGCCAUGUACGCUGGCCAGGAAAUCCAGGCUGAACAGCUUCCUCUAAAGCUUGUCGGGGCAAGCAGAUGCUACCGAGCCGAGGCUGGCGCAAGAGGAGUCGAUACCAAGGGACUAUACCGCGUGCAUGAAUUUACCAAGGUCGAGUUAUUUGCCUGGACGGACAAUAUUGAGCAGGGAAAUUUGACGAAUGCGGAUUCCAAUGAGAUAACCUCAACCUCUCUUUUUGAAGAAAUGCUUUCUAUUCAAACGGAUAUUCUAUCUUCCCUCAACCUUCCAUGCCGCAUAUUAGAAAUGUCGUCUUCAGACCUUGGUGCUAGUGCAACUCGAAAAAGGGAUAUUGAAGUUCUGUUCCCAUCCAGGAUACCAAAUAAAUCGGACAAGGCAUCUGUACUGGACCCUGAUUACAGUGGCUGGGGUGAGGUCACUUCAACUUCCAUAUGCACGGACUACCAGAGCAGACGGCUAGGAACAAGAGUGCGUGAUAGUUCGGGAGAGUCGAGGUUCCCCCACACUGUCAACGGAACCGCCAUGGCCGUCCCGAGAGUUCUGGCAGCUAUACUAGAGCAUGGAUGGGACGAAGCAAUAGGCGGUGUCAUUGUCCCCGAGGUUCUGAGACCAUGGAUGGGUGGAAUAGAAGUUAUCCGGGGAAAUAAAUAA